UUUCAAAAUUUUUUUUUUUUUUGUGGAGUAAUAUUACAGUUGUCCAGCAACUCUUUUCCAGAAUGGCUCACAUAGCUGACAAUUUUUGCACGUUAUCCAUUUAUACAGCUGGAUAUGUAGUGAGACAAUUUAGGUUAGGUUCCUUACCCAAGGGUAUAGCAAUGCCCCUUUGAGAAAUUGAGCUUGUAACCUUUGGCCUGUACGUGUUGUUCCUUCUCUCUAUGCCGCACACUUCUGCCCAGGCUACCUUCUGCAGUUUAGCAAUUAAUAAUAUGACCAUGUACUGACGGAAUGCAUUCUGCAUAAAGUAAGGAUGUCAUAAGUUGAUUAGGACAUUUACAGGAUGUGGGUAGUGUUUCCUGUUUCAACAAUCCAAAAACUGCAGCUCUUGAAAAAAUGUUGACUAUUUGCAACAGGAUCCCUCAGCCACUCCUCAUCUUCCCCAGUGUCUUAAUUAUAACCCGAUUAUCGCGAUUAUACACGAAUAUACACAAAAUAUAUAUAACUGUUGUAGUCAUUGCAUUUGUAACCUGGGAAGAGUGCUGUAUUUUCUCUCUCCCUGAGACACCAAGCAAGGAUGAGAGCCUCGACCUACAACUUCAGAUUUUCAUGGAUCCUGUCCCUUUGGCUCUGCGCAUGCUGUGGGGCCUCUGAAUGUCCUCUGGAGGUGACCCCCGCCAGGGUCGUGGUGAAAUACGGAGAUCCAGUUUUGGCAAACUGUACCACAACAGUGGAACACAUGGGGAUGGGAUGGGAAGCUUCACAAGGCAGCACAAAAAUGGUGAAGAACGUCUCCUCCGUAGUCUGGAGGGUUGCCAACCUGACGCACUGGGGCAUCAAACCUAUGUGCUUCGCGAACUUCCAAACGAGCCAGUGCGAUAAAGUCCUCAACAUCACUGUCUACAAGCAUCCGGACAGCGUCUCCCUCAAGCGCCAUUCUAAUCACACAGGCCCAAUAGAGGAGGGGAGACAAUACAAGCUGGUGUGUGAAAUCCAGAAUGUUGCCCCUCUCGAGUAUCUUACUGUGAAGUGGUACAAAGGGCAGCUGGAGGUUCACAAUAAAACCUAUAACAGUGAUAGGAAGACACCUGUGAAUGAGUACCCGAUCCUUCUGAUCUCCCCGAGUCGAGCCGACGAUGGAGCACAGUACAGGUGCGCCGCGGUGCUGGAUCUGGGACCAGAGGGACCACAGCCGCCCCCUGUGGUUCAGUCAGAACCGCUCAGCAUCACAGUGCAAUACAGCCCUGACAUUCUCAGUCAGCCUCACGCUGAUGGGCUAAUAGAGGGUCGUGAUUUGCACUUGAACUGCACCGCUGUUGGCAACCCGGUUCCCACAUUCAAAUGGAAUUACACCUCUGCCAAUAAUGUGGAAGUCCACACCAGCGGGGCUGUGUCAGUGCUGACCAUCUCAACUAUCACUAAGGACAAUGCUGGCAAUUACACCUGCAUUGCCACAAACUCACAGGGCCAGUCCACGAUGACCUUCCCUGUGAAUGUGGCCAGAGGAGCAGCACAAGCCUUGGUUGCCGUGGGAGCAGUUGGUGGUGUCUUUCUAUGCAUUUUCCUUGUUGGAUUGGGUUUCUGCUUCUAUAGCAAAAUGAAAUAAAGACAGACAAAGCAAGAAGUGAAUAAAUAAAUACAAAAACACAUGUAGGAUUCUGAUGGAGACUGUAUCCAAGAAACAGGGAAAGCUAUUAUCCCAACCCCCAACCCCCAGAUUAAUCUGAUCCUUUCCAAAUGUAUGUGCUGUCCUGUGCUUGUUGUUUGACCUCCCUUUGUUCCUUAGCACAUCCCGACUGAGAUAUAAGAGUGAGGUGUUUUGCAGAUGCUCCCUCCAUAAUCGCUCAUUUUUAAGAUUGCCAGGAUGUUCCAAAGUCCCUCGACAUCCAAUUUGUUCCUACCUUUCUCUGGAGACUAAAGUAA